AUGUCGGACCUCCUACCCAUCGAGUCUCAGAAUUUCCAUCGCAUGGCCAACUCCGGCAUGCGAAAGCUCAACUUCAUGCCCGGCCUGCCUCCAGUUGCCAACGCCGAGUUCAUUGAGGACCGCGAGAAGCGGCCCAUCCGCGUUCUGUGUCUGGGGAUGCCGCGGACGGGAACGAUGUCCUUGGGUCUAGCGCUGGGCACGCUGGGCUACAGAUGCUACAACCACAUCGAGGCCUGCGCCGUCCCUGAACGAGACAUGAAGUCUUGGAACGAGGCGUUGGAUGCUAAAUUCUUUGGGGGUGAAGGCAAGAGAUAUGGGAGGAAUGAGUUUGCCAGGAUCUUGAAGGGGUUUGAUGCAGUCGCCGACGGACCAGCGGUUCCUUACUUCGCAGAAGACCUCAUCGAGGCUUUCCCGGAAGCCAAAGUCGUCUUGACAGAGCGUCCGGUAGACGAUUGGAUCCGGUCCAUCUCCAACUCAGUCGCCGCCGCCUGGGGCUGGUGGAGCUGGCCGCUGGUAGUCUGGGCUGAGCCCGCUGCAGCAGAAUGGUACCGCGAAUCGCGACGGAUGGAAAAGAUCUCACACUUCGCCGACUCCCACACCGCCGGCAAGCGCCUGAUCCGCGCUCACUACACGGACUACUACGCCCACAUCCGGAAAGUCUGCCCCAAGGAGCGCCUCCUCGACUUCAAGCUCGGUGUCCACGGGUACAAGGAGCUAUGCGAGUUCCUGGGCGAGAAGGAGCCCGAGGGCCAGAGCUAUCCGCAGAUCAACGAGUCGAAGACGUUUGUGCCGCUCUAUUCGGUCUGGUGGUGGUACUGCUUCCGUCUCGCGGCUCAAAAGGUGCUGCCGCGGGCGCUUGUGGGCGGUAUUGCGAUGUGGACGUUGUGGAGGCGGCGACGUGACUUGCCUGGCUACUUGACAAGCCUCAAGGCGUUUCUGCUGUAUUAA